GUUUAACGUCAAAACACCACUGAUAGGGAGGUAAACAUUAACCAGACGAGUGUGUUUACGUGUCAGAAGUUUUUAUUUGGCAGAGGAACAUGGCGACGACUACCUCUCUGUUGUCUAAAGGACAGAUGUUGUACAGGUAUUCUGUGAAUCUGCACCAGGCGACCAGGAGGUUUUCAGAGAAUGGCGACAAAGGCUGGUUUCGUUCCAUAUUUGUGCACAAAGUCGAUGCCAGGAAAGAUGCCCACUCCAACCUGCUGUCAAAGAAGGAGACCAGCAACCUGUAUAAAAUUCAAUUUCACAACAUCAAACCAGAGUGCCUGGAAGCAUACAACACUCUAGAGGCUGAGGUGCAAAACAGGCUGCAUCAGGACCAGGACUACCCAUGUGAGGUGGUCGGAAGCUGGAAUACCUGGUAUGGAGACCAGGAUCAAGCUGUGCAUCUAUGGCGAUACAGAGGAGGCUACCCAGCCUUGACUGAAUGCCUGAACAAGUUGAACAAUAACAAGGAGUAUUUAGAAUUUCGGAAAGAGAGGGCGAAAAUGUUGAUUUCAAGGCGAAACCAGCUUCUUCUGGAGUUCAGUUUUUGGAAUGAACCUUUGCCCAGACAAGGGCCAAACAUCUAUGAAAUGCGCACCUAUUACCUCAAGCCAGGAACUAUGAUUGAAUGGGGCAACCACUGGGCGAGGGCAAUCAGAUACAGACAGGAGAACAAUGAAGCAGUGGGCGGGUUCUUCUCACAGAUUGGUGACCUGUAUGUUGUUCAUCACUUGUGGGCUUAUGAAAGCCUCCAGUCCCGGGAGGAGACGAGAAACUCUGCCUGGCUGAAGGAAGGAUGGGAUGUAAAUGUGUAUUACACAGUGCCUUUGAUCAGAAGCAUGGAGUCUAGAAUAAUGAUUCCCACCAAGAGCUCACCAUUACAAUGAGAAGAUGACUGAAACUACUACUAACAGCUGAGUGACCUAAACUCAUUCACCCACUGCCAGAGCAACAUGGAAUGACUCUUGGUCUUACCAACUGUACUUCUUUUUAUCUGCUGGAUGGUCUGUGUUACUAUCAUGUAUGUUGGUGGUUGUUUUUGGUGUACAGUUAUUUUGAGAAUCCUGAGGUAUUUACAUUUUCAGAAGUUUAGGUCAAAUAUGUGGAAUAGGAAUGACACACUAAAUCAAUAAAAAAAAUCAUAAUUAUGCUUUAUGUAUAGUAUUGCACAAUCGGGUGCAAUUUAUGUCAGGAUUGUAAAGAUGGAGGAGCUGCUUUUUGUUUUUAUUAUGAGUCAUGGUAAUGGACUGUAUACUUGUUUUUCACAGUGAAGGAAUAGUCUCCACCCAGUCUUUUGUGCUGGCAUUUUUAUGAUUACAUAUGAAUCACAUUGAAUGGGAUCACUCUGAGUUUCACAGCUGUGACUGUGAAACAUAUAUAAUCAAGUAAAGCUUGUAAGACUACCUCAAUCAUUCAAAUAUCAGACCAUUUUGUUGAUUAAAAUUUACAGUAGGAUGAGUGAAGAGCCUACCAGGAGAAUUAUGCGUACCUUCUGGUAUGAAGUCAGUUUUUUCAAAAUAAAAGUUGACUAAUACAUAA